AUGUCGCACAAGACAAACGUUUGGAUCUUGAAGUUGGCGACAAAUGCAGAGCAUCUCUUCAACAACUACAACAUCGACCUGUUCAUCGAGUACGUGGACUUCGUUGCGCUUGGUCUUCCGCAAACUUCUCCGGCAGACCUCUCGCCCAAAUGCCUACAACCACUUCCUCUGGCGACCCUCAUCGGCAAGAAGUACUUUGUGCUUCACGACACCAACGCGAUGGCAUCGCAACGCAUACUUCAUCUCCUCCGACGGCUCGUGCCAACGGCAACCACGUCAAGACCUGCUCUGAUGUUCGGCGAGAUCGGCCACCAUCUCAGCGUCCACCGCCUUCGGUGCCACGACUUCUCCACUCCAUCGCCGCUGCCUCCAGCUCCUGCGGACGGAGUUUACCAUCUUGAAUCAGCUGAGGAGACGAGCCGCCCACCUGUUUCGGGAAUGAACACCACUCCGGAUCUGCUACUCGUCAACAAGCGCACGCCUCUUUCGGAGAGGAACACAACUCCGGAUCAGGGCGACGGCGGUGACGAGGAUGCCGCCAAGCGCAAGCUGUCCAACCAGAACAUGAUCGCUGUCGUUACGGGACGUAAACUUUCGAAACCUCGCCAGAAGCCCGUCUCGGAGCGGCCCGUCCUCAGGAUGCGCGGCGACAGGGAGGCCAGGUACCGAAGCCAAUCUACUGGACACUACCAGACGGAUUCGCUAGCUUCUGUGCUAUCCACCUCGCCAUUUCGUGCUACUCGUCAACAAGCGCAAAGAGAAGUCAGCGGUGUGGGCUCUCUGGCGGGCUUCGAGGAGGAUCUGUUCGCUGUUAUGGCGCUGUCUGGUACCAAGGCUCAGGUCCUUGAGAUGCAGAAGGAGUUGGUCUAA